UAUAGUACAAAGCAUUCUAAGUUAGCUACGGUUUUUAGCACGGUUGGAUAGCUCAAGUGGUCAAGAACAUAUCCUCAGUCGUCUCAGGUCUCAGUUUGACGGACAAAAUUGAUGUAUGUCUAACGUGCGCUUGCAGUUUUGGAAAACUGUGAUCCCCAGUCAUACCUGCCAUCUGCAUUCUCUAGUUUCAUCUUCUACUUCAUGCAUGUGAAAGUGCAUAAACUUCUGACCAGAGCUCUGUAGUCUGUGUUUCGUGUUUCUUCCCGAGCCAAGGCACGUUAGGCGCAUAUGUAUUGCCAAUGGGCGAGGAAAAACAUCAAUCCGCGUCUUCUGUGAACUCUGUUCUGGCAUUUUUGCGGUUUAGGCAUGUCUUGACAUUCCUUUUCUUUGCUGUAGGGUUGUGCAUUGGCAUAACAGCCGGUUUAAGUCUUAAAAGCUUCUUUAUAAUUUUAAGAUCUCAGAUGUUAUCGCGUUUCUCAUCGCUACCAUCAGCUUUGGUGCUUCCUCAACCACCAAUCCCUUCAUUGUCUGUGCCCACAGUAAACAUCAUACCAGCUUAUAAGAGUAAUUAUUCAGUCCAGGAUGAGAAAAUUGUUGCGCACAACAUGGAUGAUGAUGAAUUGUUCCGGAGGGCUUCUAUGGUUCAUCGUAUUCAAGAAGUUCCGUAUGAACAUACUUCUAAGGUUUCUUUCAUGUUUUUGACAAAGGGACCUCUGCCAUUGGCUCCUCUGUGGGAGAAAUUCUUUAAAGGCCAUGAAGGGUUUUACUCUAUUUACAUUCAUUCUGAUCCGUCGCAUAAUGAAUCACUGCCAGAAGACUCUGUUUUCCAUGGAAGAAGAAUCCCGAGCAAGCCAGUCCAAUGGGGAAAGUUAUCGAUGAUUGAUGCAGAAAGGCGCCUCCUGGCAAAUGCUCUUCUCGACUUCUCUAACAAACGGUUUAUCUUACUCUCCGAGACAUGCAUUCCCCUGUUCAACUUCACCACAAUUCACAACUACCUCAUCAACGCCAACGAGACCUUCGUAGCUUCAUACGAUGAUCCAAGAAAAGUUGGCCGUGGACGAUACAACAAUCAAAUGUAUCCUACAUUAUCAGUCACAGACUGGCGAAAAGGCUCACAAUGGUUUGAGGUGAACCGAAACCUGGCUAUCAAGAUCAUAUCAGACAAGAAAUAUUACCCGAUCUUCGGGCAGUACUGCCACAUUCCAUGUUACUCUGACGAGCACUACAUUCCCACGAUUGUAAACCUGGUUUCUUCACCGAUCUUGAACUCGAACAGGAGCAUUACUUGGGUUGAUUGGUCUCAGAGCGGUCCGCACCCUGGAAAAUUCGACAGGCGAGCCGUGUCCUUGGAAUUUCUGAACCAAAUAAAGUACGCUAGUAAUUGUAGCUAUAACGGAAAUAUGAGCAAAAUUUGCUUCUUGUUUGCUAGGAAGUUUUUGGCCGACACUUUGGAGCCGCUUCUGCGACUUGCUCCCCUGUUUCUUGUUUAAAGCCAAUGGCACUUAUAAAUUUGUUGUUUUUGAUAUAUAAAGGAGAAGUUAAUUAUAGGAGAAAAGUAAUAUUUAUUUAA